AUGAGGUCGCACUGGACGACAGAUCUUGACAUAGAAACACUUGAAUCAAGACGGAGUUGGGCAAGCUUAGCCGAAUUCCAAACUGUAAUACCCUUCCAUAUACCACGUUAUAAGAUUAUAUUGGACGAAUGCAAAAACAAAUCACCUGUUGUUAGCGCAACGAAUCUUACAUUUGCUACCCGAUUCCUAGCAGUAUUUAUCUUUUAUAAAGUUAAAGGCUGUAGGCCUAUGACGUAUCUGCAUUUGACGGUUAGCAUGUUUGACAGUGCAAAACGAAAUAAAGGAAUGGUCGAUCAAACCACAUUCAAAACUGCCAAAAAGUAUGGCUUUGAUUCCUUAUAUUUUGACGAAAUUAGUUUGGAUGUUGUUGACAAUUACGUUGGCUAUGUUAGGCCAUUGCUGCAACCAAGGUGCGACUAUUUGCUCGUCAAUCGUAAUGCCAUUCAAUUUCAAAAAUUAACAGAAAUCUUAAGUAUAUUAGUCUUUCAGGCAAUCGGAAAAUACGUUCAUCCCACAAGAUACAGGCAAAUCAUUGAAACUGAAAGUGUGCAAAUCCUCAAUGUAGAGGAGCAGAAGUUGGUUUCUGAAGAUCAAAAACACAGUUCGAAUGUCGCCCGAGUCCAUUAUCAGAAAUUGCGUUCUCGAGAUGUAGCUAUCAAAGGGCGAACAUGUAUGGAAAAAUUGCGUGGCUUACACGGAGCAGAAAUGGACACUUGCGUUGAACAGUUAAAACAAGAACAUUGUUCCGAACACAAAUCAAAAAGUGAUAACGAAACCACUCCCAUACCACAAACAACGACAGAAAAGGUUUCUGCCGAGAAACGCAAACCCCUGAGAUUCACGAAAGAAGAGGAUCAGUUUAUAGAAAGGGGAAUUAAAUGA